UGUGGCUGAGCCAGUACUUCCUUGGGCGCCUUGCCACCUCCUCAUCGACUUGGUAGACCAAGUUGCAAUAUCGGCUAGAUCGCAGGAUUCUUCCUCACUAGUAGUGUAGGACCGUGGCAGGAACAACAUGGCUGGAGACCCAGUUGGCUCUUUAGGACGGCUCAACGAGGACGUCUGCCACCACAUCCUCUCCAAGCUUCCGAUGGGAGACUUGAUGUCGCUGUCCACUACAUGUCGUCCGCUCCGAUGGGAAUGCAUGCCCUUCUUAUUCCGCUGUGUCUAUAUCACUGUCUAUGGACCGCGGCAAGUUCAACGAUCCGGAGUGUUCUCACCUGCAUGGCUCAGGCCCUAUGUUCGCACCCUCGUCAUACACGACAAAUGCCUGGAUCAAGGAGGCAGAACGGACAACUACAUGCGAUGUGGUGCUUUCCCCGGUUCUGCACUGGCUGAACGUCUGCGAGAGUUCCCGCACCUUCGCUCGCUGACAAUGCACAAGGAUAAUAGCUCAACGCACGGCCUCUCAUGGGAAACGCUGAGCGCGAUCCUGUCUGUCCCCCAUCUGCGCGAGUUCACGCUCAGGUGGCUCUAUUUCUGCCCUGAUUUGCGCCCCGCCGAAGAGUUGAACCUCGGAUCUCCGGCUCCGAUCACGUCGUUCAACUACCGGAUGUAUCACCCACGAGAACCGUUCAAUUUUCCGACAGAAACAGCUGCACUAGCUGCCGCAUUGAGCAAACUCUGCGGGACGCUCGAGGUACUGAUCCUCAGUAGUGAGCCCGCUCCGCUGCCUACCUUUCCCCAACUACACUGGCCUCGUCUGCGCACUCUCGCGUUCUACGGAAUGCCAUGGACGACCCUUCCCGGCCCUUUCGUAUCCCUAUUUCCUCGAAUGCAGGCCCUGCGAUCUCUCUCCCUGAAACUCUACGCGACGUCAGACGUAGCACCUCAGGCACUCUGGCCUUCUGGCCACUCCUAUUCGUUCCCAUGGCCAGACCUUGAACGUCUUGUCAUUACAUUUCCCGACCCUCAGGACGAGAUAUACGACCAUCUUCCAUCUACACUUCACGCACUGUCGCUGCGAUCCUGGCCUCAUCUUCAUGUUCAACGCCGAUGGCAGGGGUUCUGGUAUCCAUGGCGUCAACGAGAGAAUGCUACGCUAGAUUCUUCUGCGAUGCUCUCGAUCUUGCAUCGGUGCAGAACGCUGGAUCUUGUCCACCUCGAAGUCGAGUACCAUACUGGCAAGGAGGACGACACGCUCCUCCGCUAUGUGGCGACAACGUUCCCGGGUCUUACAUCUUUGAAAAUUCAUCGGUAUCAGUCAGGCGAAGGGCAACCCUUAUCUGCUGUACACAUCGCUCAUCUGCUUGCCCCUCUCAUCAAUCUUUGCCGUCUCAAACUCUACGUGGACGUUGCGGUCAUACCACAGCAGAUUCCGCAUACGAAUGUGCUACGGGAUGCGGCAACGCGGAUUACGCAGAUUCUCGGUUCUUUGCGCGAGAUUGUGAUAUGUAGCAGGGACUACCCCUCUUGGCGCACAUAUCGUGUUUUGGAAGGAGUGAUUUAUGGGCCAUAACAACAGCCCACUUGAAAUCGUUCACUUGAAGGAGCAUCUGUAUCGAUUAUCGCCUCUGCUACGAGACUGACAUUGGGUAUGGUCGCUUGCUCACUUGCA